UGAUCAUCUAAAGAAAGAUCAAUUGAAGCAGUACUGAAUACUGAUCGAUCACCAAAACAUAUAUACCAAGAUGAUGAAGGCAGAGGUAGUUUUGGUUCCCUUCCCCGCAAUAGGUCACCUUGUAUCCACAAUUGAAUUUGCAAAACGCCUACUAAAUUGGGACCAAAGGUUAUCAAUUACAGUCCUCGUCAUAAGACCACCCAGUGCCCCAAUUGUAGACUCAUACACCCACUCACUCGCCACCGGCGACUCCCAGAUCCGGUAUGUGUACCUUCCCCAACUCCAACCACCUCCCUCAGAUAUGAUGUCUAAGUCAGUAGAAAAAUAUUUUUCUGAUUACAUAGAAAGCCAUAAACCCCAUGUUAGAGCCGCAAUAACAGAUGGUAUAGUAUCCUGUGGAAGCUCCAACACAGUCCGACUAGUAGUGGACUUGUUCUGCACCUCCAUGAUUGAUGUAGCCAACCAACUUGGUGUCCCUUCUUAUGUGUUCUUCACCUCAAGUGCAGCCUUUUUUGGCCUCAUGCUUCACCUCCCAACUCAUCACAACCAAACUGGUGCUGAGUACAAUGAAUCCGAUCCCGAUUCAAUCAUUCCAUGUUACGCCAACCCGCUACCUACAAAUGUCUUACCCUCUUUUGUUUUCAACAAACAAGGUGGAUACGCUUCCUUUUUGAAGCACGCCAUGAAAUUCAGCGAGGCCCGGGGAAUUAUUGUGAACACAUUUGCAGAACUCGAACCUCACGCGCUCAAUGGUUUGUCGGAUGGUCACGCGCCACCCAUAUACACGGCUGGACCUCUGCUUGACCUCCAGGGUCAGAACCAUCUUCCCCAGUCUGACCGUGACAACAUCAUGAAAUGGCUUCACUGUCAGCCAUCGUUAUCCGUGGUGUUGCUGUGCUUUGGUAGCAUGGACACUUUCAGUUUCAGCGCAACCCAACUGGCGGAGAUGGCUGCGGGACUUGAGCGGAGCGGCCACAGGUUCUUGUGGUCGAUACGGCGGCCUCCGUCGCCGAUAGGGGUGCCCGAAGACUACGAGGAGGUACUGCCACCUGGAUUCUUGAAACGGGUGGAAGGUAGAGGGAUGGUGUGCGCAUGGGUCCCACAGGUGGAGGUGCUGGCCCACGAAGCAGUUGGAGGGUUCGUGUCUCACUGCGGGUGGAACUCAAUAUUGGAGAGCCUGUGGUUUGGCGUGCCUGUGGUGACUUGGCCAAUCUAUGCAGAACAGCAGAUCAAUGCAUUUGAGAUGGUGAGAGAAUUGGGAUUGGCUGUAGAGCUGAGAUUGGAUUAUAGGAACCAUGGUUUUGGUGAUGAGAGCGGUGGUGUUGAUGUGGUGACAGCGGAGGAGAUAGAGAGAGCAGUGAGAUGUUUGAUGGAUGGAGAUAAUCCGGUGAGGAAGAGGGUGGGAGAGAUGGCGGAGAAGAGCAGGAAGGCAGUGGCGGAUGGUGGAUCUUCCUUCAUUUCCAUUGAACGUUUGGUUGAGGAUAUGGUGGUAACAACCCAUGAGGGUAGUAGGGUUUAAGAACGGGUUUAAACUUUAAAGUCCAGUAAUUAAUGUUAAAUAAGUACAAAAACUGUUUUGCAUGAUUAUUGAAUGUAAGUUUUGCAGAUUGCAUUUUAAUAGUUGAACAAAGACUGCUUGCAUUUUAAUGCAUCAUUCCUAUCAAAGUUGCAUCCUGUUUCUUGCCAAAUGUUAAGUCAGCUUGUAUGGCAGAACUUUUUAUACUUCGUGAAAGUAUUAAGAUGUUGAUUAACCGGGGCUUCUCCAGUGUGAUCGUUGAGGGAGAUUGUCAAGGAGCCAUGGCUCUUGUCCCAAAUGAUAGUCUCUCAAUUACAGUUUUAGGUGAUAUUUUUGCUUUACUUCAGUUGGGUAAUGGUGAUUUUUUUUUUUGUCUUGAGUUAAUCGAGAUUGUAACUAUGUUGCUCACCAUCUAGCGAAGAUGGCUCUCAGUUGUAAGAGAGGGGAUAGUGAUUGGAAUGUGUGGCCUUCAGGCUACUCAAUCUCAUUGCUGUAGACCUUCUUUCAAUUUCUCUAUAAAAUGUUUCUUCCGUUGUUCGUUAAA